AUGGGCUUUGGGAAGGAGAGACGAGGGUUCACUGACGGCGGAAAGGGCAGGGCAAAGAUCAUGCACGCGAAGCUAGUUCGCACAAAAACAGGUCGACGUAAAGUUGAAUUUGUCCAGGUGCAGUCGAGUCCUUCACCUACCAAGUCAACUCACGGCUCUCCCAGUCCGAAACGAAGGAGGACCAUGGACGACAGUGAUGAUGAGUCGUCCAGAGGUGUCUUUGUUCGAUUUGAAGAUAACGACCUCAGUGAGACGAUGAACAGGACCAAGGACUCAAAUGAUUAUAUGCUCGAGUGGAAACCAAAGGAAAGGCUAUAUCUGGAGGAGGUGAUAAGACGCGAGGCACCCCCUGAACAACUACUCUGUGACUCUUGCGGCUCCGCAGAAUCUCCUACCUGGUGGCGAUGUCGGGACUGCACUGGGCGCUCUCUAUCGUGCUUGACAUGCAUCAAAGGCCUACAUCUGCGCUUGCCUCUCCAUAGGGUUGAAGUCCUGAUGGACUGCUAUUUCUCCCCAGCCUGGCUAUGGCACUGUGGCGUCUAUGUCAGUCUCUGUGCCAACGGUGUCUGCCAGCCUCAAGAGACAGUCGAAAUAGAUACCACCAGUGAGGAAGAAGAAGAAAAGGGCGAUGAAGAUUGGUUGGACAACGACGACUGUACAUUCGGCGCUAAGCCUCGAGGACGAACUCUCCGGGGGAUGAAGAUUGUUACUGUUAUCCACAGCAAUGGCGUCCACCAUCUCCCAUUUCUCUUUUGCUCCUGUCUGGAUGCACCCGAUGCCGAGAUACAAAUGCUUCGCAAUGAUUUCUAUCCCUCCACCCCCAAAGCCAUCCGAACGGUCUUCUCGUUUUCUAUGCUGGACGAAUAUCUUCUGGAGACGUUGGAGUGCUACACAUCGACGCACCACUACUACUCAAAGAUUCGCCGACUCACAAACGAGCCAUUCCCCGACACAGUCCCGGACCGCACCAGGGAGCUUCGUCGAGUAGGGAGACAGUGGAGGAGGUUGAAAGAGCUCAAGAGGAACGGCUACGGGCAUUGCUCUGAGACGCCGGGCAAGGGAGACCUCGCCCUCUGCUGCGCAGCUUGCCCGCAGCCCGGUGUCAACCUUGAGGCUGAUUGGGAGCAGGACAAGGAUCAAUGGAAGUUCACCCGCAGUUUUGUAGCAGACGGGAACUUUACAUGCAUUCACCGCAAACAGAAGAGGGGCGAACUAGACGUCUACUUGAAGAAUGGGGAAGGAUACAUGGUGGAAACUACAGAAUAUGGUAGGCAUCUAGCGACUGCAAAGGAAACAGCCGAGCCUCCAACUUGUCACGAGCAUCGAGCCAUCGCAGACAAAUCCAAAGUUCGCAAGGGCCUUGAUGCGACUGGUAUAGGUGCUAUAGCCUGUAUGAGACAUGGAGCGUUUGUACCCAGCUCUAUCGUCGAUUUUCAGAAAGGGGAACGCCAUAUUAACAUGGACUACGCGCUCUCUGAAGCAUUGAAGCACUCGAACAUGGAUAAAAUCCAAAGGGUCAUUUUCGUUUACGACAUCAAUUGCCAGUACAGCAAGAAGGCGCUGGAAAGGCUACGCUCAGGAGACUAUCUCGAGCUAAACGAAUCCCUUAACUUCAUUUUUGGGAUUGGUCUGUUUCACGUUCACGGGCAUCAGGAAGCAUGUCUUCCCAGAUAUUCCUUGACAUUCAUUCGUGGUGCUGGUGUUGCAGCAGGAGAGAUACUCGAGUCUCUGUGGGCAGUUAUCAAUGAGGUAGCGCGAAGUACCUCAACCAUGACCCUCGCACAUCGUCUCGAAGUGUUGGAUGCUGUAAUUGGGGACAGCAACUGGAAAAAAAUGCUUAAAUUGGUGUCCGCGAUCUGCAAGAAUUGGAAGAACGCCCUCAGACAAUAUGCGAGGGCCAAGGAGGACUUCGAUCUCCUCAACGAGACUGCCGCCCCGGCUCAGCGCGUUAAAUGGCAACAGCAGCUGGACCAGGCCCAAGAACGGCGUACUACGGACGUAUCUGCCAUGGACAUACUGUCAGCCAAGAUCAGCCGUCCGCCCUCCCUCGCCAAAGUCCGAACAAAUCUAAUGGAGGCUGAGAAACGUUUGGGGACAGACGUCGGGACUACGUCUUGGUUAGCAUUUGGUCUUAAGAUCCAGGAGUCACAGAUCUAUCUGAAAUCGCAUAUUCGAAAUCUACCCAAGGAGAAAACCGACCCUCAACUCCUGGAGCUCUCAAGGAGGCGCGAAUCUCUCUAUAACGACCUCAAUAGCCUGUAUGAAACGGCUGCCACCCUCUUCCCAGAUGCCGAUCUUGUCACUCUGAAGUUUGACGCGCCACCCCGCGAGAGAGUCGACCUGGAUGACGACGAAGAUUCCGACGAAGAGGAUAACCCAUUUUCCCUGUCUCAAAACGAGAUGGAGGACGUCAAGAUACCCCUGCCUUCCUCUUUCUCUGAACACAACAUGCCGAUAACCCUUGCUCGCGCGAGAUCCAAAGAGCUGGAACUUCGUAUAGCGCAGGCAGACGACAUUCUGGAAGCCAUCCGUACCGACAUCGGUCACAAGUCUUUCCUUUAUCGCUCGAAUGUGCGACUAGCAGAGGGGAAGAAACAAAAAACCAGGGGAUAUGCUGCCGUAAAUGCGGUAAACCAAAGCCUUCGCGACUCCAUUCGUGUCUACAACCAGGCCCGUUGGGCAAUACGGCGCUUGGGUGCCGACGACUCCACGAUUCGAAGAUACCGAGUUCUGAAACCCGAAGAUACCAGAGCCGUGACAACGAUUUAUCAACCCAACAUGCGCGGAGAGAGAAAUCGACCUCUCUCUUGGAUCUGGAACCUCGACGUGAGUGGGGAUUCGGCUCGUUCGGAGUACCUUGAGGAAUUGUACAGGGUAAACUGGCUACGCGCACAGUCUCGAGUUGAACGGUGGAAAGAAGAAUACGUGCUUCUUAGUUCUGAAAUGCGAUGGGUACUGAAUUUCUUCGAUUUCAAGAGGCGAAAGUGCCUGGAGUGGGUAGAUCUGCGCGGAGACUCACCUGGACACAUCGCAUACGCCCAUCGCCAGGCCCAGAUGUGGAAACUCCUUUACAUGCAGGCCGAGAAGGCUCUCGAGAAAGCUCGAAAGACAUCGUCUACUGUACAUGUUUGA